AUGAGGAGGUGGGCGCGGGAAGCUACCGAAGUGCGGCCAGAAGGCGACGGGGCCAAGCGAGCCCGAGCCACACCCACCCGGGGGACUCGGGCCCGGGACGCCUUACCUUGCUGCAGGGGUCGGAGAAGGCGGGCAGCCGCGCGGGUCCUGGAGGCAGCAGCGCCGCCAAAGAGCGCCCCCAGCAGGGGCGGGCCUUCGGGAACUGAGCGAGCCCACUGGCUCCUGCGGCUGCGCUCUCACUCACUCUCUCCUUCCCUAGCUGCAGCCAACUCGGGUCGGGAAAAUGCGACAGCGACUGCCCACUCGAGGUCGUCAUGGCGACAGCCAGUGAACGUGUUCCUCUCCUCGGGCAGGCCCCCGAGUGUAGAGGAACUGCUUCGCGAGGCGCAGCUCAAUCUCCAGAGCCUGUUGCAAGGGCAGCAGUUUGAUAGACAUGCAAGUUUUCGACACUCGUUGUUUAACACAGAGACAGCCGUGAACCCCAAGUCCACCCUGAGGCGGAGGCGGACCAUUAUUGGAUUCUCUAACUUUUCUCAGCGAGACCCAGGGCACAGCACCAGCCCGGUAGGCAGCCUGGCCUCAGACAUCAGGCCUGGCCACUCAGCUCCACAAGUUGUUCAGGGAAGAGUUGCUAUUGGGCAGGAAGCUCGGUUUCCAAGUCUCACCUCGCCAGGACUGAGACACUCAUCGAGUGAGCCUGCAGACCCUCACCAGGCACGUGGUGGCCCAGACCCUCCUGGCACGGAGAGCAUGGCAAUGGUGUACAGUGUCCCCAGUUCUUGCAAUGGACCAACAGAGUCAACGUUCUCCGCUUCCUGGAAGGGAGAUGCUUUCACGUACAUGACUCCAAGUGCCAGCAGCCAGGGCAAUCAAGUCAGUGAAAAUGGAAAAAAUCCUUCCUCUGGGAAUUCUUGGGUCUCUCUGAACACACUCCCACCUCUGGUCCCUAAAGAGGCGGCUACCCUCUUUGUCACCCGUGAUAACCCAGCAGGAUGCACUGGGCUACCCAGCUACUCUGAGCACCCCACUCAACGAAGGCAAAUACCAGAAAGACCUCCCAAGAUUGGCCUCCUGGCCCGUGGUACCUCAAGACUGGAAACAGGCCCAGGUGGAACUAACAGAUUCCGGGAGCGGUCACUUUCUGUGCCCACGGACUCGGGUGUCACCUCAGUGGACUAUGGUGAAGAGCAGAAGGCUGGUGAGGCCUGCAUCCUGCCUUAUGCCAGUGCAAACUCUGAAGGCAGUAACAGUACUGACAACAUUGCAGCCCUCAGCACUGAGCAAGAGGCGCAGCACAGGAGGCAAAGAUCCAAAAGUAUUUCACUCAAGAAGGCCAAAAAGAAGCCCUCUCCACCCAUGAGAAGCGUCUCACUAGUCAAAGAUGAGCCAGUCCUCCCACCAGAAGGUGAAUUGGCACUGCCCAAGGACCAGAGGCCCAGGAGCCUUUGCCUCUCCUUGGAACACCAAGGGCACCAUUCAUCUCACCCAGAUCCUCAAGGUCAUCCAUCUGGGCCAGCUCUCAAAGAUCCAGAAAGUUCACAGUUCUCUCACCACUGGUAUCUUACUGACUGGAAGUCUGGUGACACCUACCAAUCCUUGUCCAGCUCCAGCACAGCCACUGGCACCACAGUCAUCGAAUGCACUCAAGUUCAGGGAAGCUCGGAGUCUCUGGCCUCCCCUUCCACCUCCAGAGCAACAACACCCUCCCAGCUCUCCAUUGAGGUGGAAGCCAGGGAAGUAGCCUCUCCUGGAAGGCCCACUGGACUGAUGUCCCCUUCCAGUGGCUACUCGAGCCAGUCAGAGACACCCACACCCACUGUCUCCAUGUCCUUGACCCUGGGCCACUUGCCGCCUCCAAGCACCAGUGUCCGAGUACGUCCGGUGGUACCAGAAAGGAAGUCAUCACUGCCCCCGAUGUCACCAAUGGAAAAAAUCUGCAAGUCACGGUUAUCAUUUGACCUACCAUUGAGCUCUUCAACCACCCUGGAUCUGUCGGGGAUGAGUAUCUCCAUCCGCAGCAAGACCAAGGUGAGCCGCCAUCACUCUGAUACCAAUUUUGGAGCCAAACUGGCACAGAAAACUAGUCCAAACCAGCCAAUCAUGCCCAUGGUUACUCAGUCUGACCUCCGUUCUGUUCGUCUGAGGUCAGUCAGCAAGUCUGAGCCAGAAGAUGACAUUGAGAGCCCAGAUUACACCGAGGAACCUGGAGCAGAAGAAGUCUUCACCUUGCCAGAGAGAAAAGUGAAACCUCCCAUAGCUGAGAAACCACCACUGGCCCGAAGGCCUCCAAGCUUGGGUCACAGGCCACCCUCGCUCCCUGGGGAGUAUCAGCUAACUUCUCCUACUAUGGCUAUGACACCCAGGAGCUCCGUUCCACACGUGAAGCAGCUCCCCCAAGACAGCUACACAGUGUUGCGGAAACCAAAGUCACCUAGCUUCCCCAGUGGCAGGAGCCCUGGGGAGUCUACAGCACCCUCCACCCUUGUCUUCACACCUCUUGCCAGUUCCUCUGGUGCUUUCUUCUCAGGAACACAGCAACCUCCCCAGGCCAGUGUAGAAGAUGGGGUCCCCAAGGUGAGAGCCUUACCAGAAAGAAUCAGCCUCCAGAGCCAGGAAGAAGCUGAGAAAAAGAUGAGCAAGAUUCCACCUCCUGUACCAAAAAAGCCCAGUGUGCUCUACCUGCCUCUCACCCCCCCUGUAGCUCAAAUGGAUGCCUGUAUGGCCGAGCCAAGGCUGCCUUUCAGCCCCAUCAUCACCUUAGAGGAAGAUACCAAGUGUCCCUCCGCUGAGGAGGACCCGAAGUCACCUGCUAAAAGGAUGACUUCCACUCUUCCUGUUGACGGUGAAAAGGAGGCUGUCUCUCCAGGGAGGACUGUGGAACCAAGUGCCGAAGAGAAAAGUUUAAUCAGUGAUAAGACAGCCGAAUGGAUCUCGGAGGAGGACGAUGACGUGUUUGUGGCUUCGCGCACGACUGAAGAUUUAUUUACUGUGAUACACAGGUCCAAAAGAAAGCUCCUGGGCUGGAAAGAGCCUGGGGAGGGCUUCCCAGGCAGCAGACCCAGCUCCCACUCACCAGUGAAGAACACAGCUGAUUCUCCCACCACUGAGUCUGCUGCUGCCACAGGGCCAAGUGGCAGUGCCUGCCUAGACGCUGGCAGAAAUGAUGAUUUCAAGGCCCUGCUCCAGAAGAAGGGAAGUAAGGCAACUCCUAGGACCCGCCCCUCAGCGGCUGAGCUGCUCAAGACCACGAACCCUCUGGCUCGAAGAAUCAUUGCGCAGUUCUCAAAAGACUAUGAACCCACUGACAGCCCCAGUACCUAAGCCCUGCUUCUUAUUCACUAGGUCUGAGGAGAGCAGGGGAAAGAUAGAGGGCUUCAGAAAGGAACCAACCACAGGAAUGACAAAACCCAUUCUGUCUUUGACAUUAACUCACACUCUGGACAGCAGAGAGGCCAACACAACACACCUGCGUUCCCCAGGCACUCUGAUAGGCUUCAGACCAUCUGCGUUUCCAUGCUUACCAUGGCUGAACAUCGGUGUUCUUCUUAGAUUCUCCCAGCGCUGUCCAUUAAGAAGAGGUCCUCAGAUUUGAGAGCCCGUAUGCCACCUUUUUCAGUGUCCUGGCUGUUUUGUUCAUUGGCUUCUGUUGCUGAAAGGCACGGUGGGAGAACAGAUCGGGGACCUUCCAAACCAGGGCUGGGGACAGAGGCACCAAUCCCACUGCUGAUUAUCUCCUCUCCUGGGAUGGCUUUUAUGGCCCUAUGUGAAGACCCAGACAAAUACGGAGGCCUCCUCAACCCCAGAGAGAACUCUGCAGGAGGCGUGCACUAAUUUCAGCAUGGGGUUGAUUGGAUGGCUUCUGUGGUGCAAACAUGAGUGUGACUGUCUAAAACUCCAUGCCUUUUUCAGUUUGAUUGUCUAUGCGGAGAUCAGGGUGAUGAGUUUCAGUAAACUUCUAGGAUUUCCCCCCACCCCCAUUAGCUAGAAAAGAUGGGACUGGGUGGCUUUGGCUGAGCCAAGCUCUGCAAACGAACGGGACAUUUGUUCGCUUGCAUCUAGCCAAGGUAACUCGCAUGCGCGCCUUGAGGUCUUUCGAGUGUCUGUCAAUGUGGGUAGCCAGGAUCUGUGCCAAGCUCAUGCUGUAGACUCCAAGAACUCUCAUUUCACUCGCAUGUAACAUUCAUUACAGGAAGUAAUUAGGCGAAGGACUGGCAUCAUCCAAGGCUCCAGAAGUAGAACGGAAAUGUACCUUGCCCCACACCGUUCGAUUCAGGGUGUGCUUUUUGUAGUUCUUUGGGUUUUGUGUCAAGGAAAUCUGACUCUGUUUCAACGAUCAAGAACCUGUAGACUGAAAAAGAUCUACGUGAAAUCAAAAAGACAGCCCAUAAUUCAAGAAGGCUACGUUUUGCCAUUUAGGUACUGCUGUUUGGCCAACUUUCAGCUUGCCACGGCAGGGGGGGGUGGGGGGAGCAGCUAGGAUAAAGAGGAUACUGAAAGAGUUCCAAAACAAUCACAAUUACCCCUUCCCUUCCAAAGCCAACAGGCACGGGCUGUUCUUGUCAACUCGACUUUGUAAGUAGAGCAAGAGCAGCUGAUCUCCGUACACCUGCUUUCCGAGGGGCUGGGGACAAGCUGAGCAAAGCACUGAACAGAGAACCUGCUGGCCAGUGCUGGGAAGUUCUUUGUCUUCUGCCCCCAAAGGGCCCAAAGGAACUGAACUUGUAGUGUGCUUUGCAAAAACAAACAAACAAACAAACAAAAAUGGGCUUUGACUCAUCGCCCGCACUCCCUGCCCUAAAAGAUUCCUUGCUCAGUCUCCCGGAGGAAGCAGUAAGGAGUCCAGGGACAAGCAGAUCUCCAUUUUGAUAGGUCACACUCCUCACCAAUGAGAAGCAAACUGUUAGCUCUACUGCCCACACUCCAGCAAGGCAAAGUGGCUGCAAAACUACCCCGAGUACUGAGAGGACUCGGGUCUCUGGCGUGGAAGUCCUAGGCUGAGGUCUUGCUUGGGUGGCUCUAGUUCCGAUUGGUCUAAUUCUAGACAAAUGGAAAGAGCUUAAGCUCGCCAGCUCUCUUCCAGCUAGCACUUCCCUCUCGGCUCUAGAAAGAAGCCACUUAAAUAAUCAACAGGGGAACUCUGAAAGCGCUUAAACCAUUUAACAUGAAGAUCUUCUAAGCCAAGUUUCACGAGUCAGACGGGAAUGCGGGAUAUACACUUUGAAGCACCGCACCUGGGAGAUGGAGACAGGCAGACUUCUGUGAGUUUGAAGCCAGCCUGAUCUACAUAGGUAGUUCCAGGAUGCCAAGGCUCCAUAUUGAGACCCUGACUUCAGUCUUGGCCUUGGUUUAUACAUAACUACCACACCUGACUUAACUCAGAAUUCCAAAAGACAGAGGAGUUUUGCUCUGUAGGCAAAUGAAGGAGUGGAGUGCCCUUGCUUCUGCCUAUCAGGAGAAAAAGUUCCCUGGGUCUGCUCCACAGACCCGUUAUGAAUCAAUCAUUGAAUUCUAAAGUUUGAGCAUAUGAAACUGUAUAGGGCUUGCUACGUUUGCUGAUGAUUUAUUUGAAGUGUCUUGUUUGUUCCUUCUCAUGGGUUUGGCCUCUCCCCUCACCUUGCUACCUCUGGAGGUUCCCCCCCCAAAAGAUUCUAAACUGAAUGCUUAGACUGCUUGAGGUUGUUUCAGUGACCUGAACCCCUGCUCUCCUCUAUACGACUCUGUAUGCCUGGAAUGUUUAGAACAUUUCCUCGUCACUAUGACCACCAGAAGCCCAACUAGCACAAGAGAUUUGGGGCAGAGGCUUUACAGUCAGAGGAAACACUUUGGACUGGGAGUAGUCGUUCUGUCCCUCCAGGCUUGGACCUAGUCCUACGCAAACAACCACAUUGUUAAAUAAUAAUAGUAACUAAAAACAGUCAUUGAUUAGCACAGCACCAAGCAUCUUUCUGAAUACUUAACCGCUCUCCUGUCCCCAUUAUCAUAAACAUCAUCUCUCUCUCCCCUGAGGACAAUGUGUGCUGCCCAGGAGGCUGGAUUGGGAGGGGGACCCCUUUCAGGAAAGUCUCAGGGAGGUUGCUGCCACUGCUGUGACACACGGCACACGGAAAGAAAGAGAGGGACCUCUAGGGAUGGCACACACACAUUGAGUCGGAGGGAAAUGAAAGGGGGUUCAGGUGGUCAGCCUCUGCUUCAGGCUCUUCCUAUCCCCUUGUUUUCCUCCAGCUCCAGCCCUCAGUGGCAGGUGGCCCUGUUAGAAGAGCUUUGGUCCAGUCAAGGGUGGGGGAAGACCCCCCAGAGGCAGUUAAUGUGUACCUACGUGCUUUGCAUUUGGUGGCUAUGUAUUUGUGGUUCAAAUGUGAGUGGCGGAGAGCAUGUUGGUCUUAAUACAAAGGCUGGCUUUGCUUGUGGAUCCUCCCCAUUGCCUGUACUAUUGGCCUGCCUGGGCCUCUCUCUCCCUCCUGGCUCCAGCUUGUCUUUCAGUCCUAACACCCAGGAACUGCACCUACGAGACCAGCAGCUCAGCCACAAAGGAGUCAAGGCCUCAGGCAGCCAGUUCAUUCACAGUAGCCUCACGACCACAAGGUUGAUCUGGAAAAAAAUGACCUUGAAUGUACAAAGACGGGCAAAUCUCCAGGGUUCCCCCAACAAGCAUUCUGCCUGGCAUCUACGUCAUCAAGACAACAGAGAUCCAGUUGUCGACUCUGUGUACCUGUCACUCUGAGCAGAUCUCCCCAGGCACCCGAUCCCCUCCUCACCUCCGAACCAGUCAGGAAAAAGACUCGGUACCACUCAGUGCUCUGUUGCUCACUACUUUCGCCCUCUGUGUUUGCCAAGUCUGUGGCACAAUGGUGAGCUUUUCCUUUGCUAUGAUUUGCCAGGGCCAGGAUUAGGGUGAGGCGAUUGGGGAGACGCCCACUCUCAAGGCCCCCGCCAGUGCCUUACCCUUGCCACGGCCCUGUGAUUUGCGCUCUGUAAAGUAGUAUGAGUUGCUCUUUCUUCCUCUGAGUGUAGUUCUGAUUUGGGGGCAGGUUUUGUGCCAAAUGUUUUCUUGCUGUUUCUCCAUUGGUUGCCAGCAGCCUUUGUAUGCGUUAAAGAAUCUUCAGUAUUAUCACAAACAUUUCAGCUGGCAAGUUAGCGCCCCUUUCAGGAGGAGCACGAGGGCCAGAGAACUUCAACAGGAAGUUGGGGUCUGCCCGUGUGGCCUUCUGUCUGCUCUUUCUGCUCCCUUCUCCCUUGUAGUCCUUGUGGCCCAGCACCGAUUCUCCUCAGUGCCUCCUACUUCGUUCUCCUCCUAAGAAAAACAUGCUCUCAGGAAAGGGAUGAAUUCAUUGACUCUGAGACUGGGAGGCUUCAUGCUACCUUUUUCGAGGGUUGCUUGCAUUUUAACAGGGGAACAGCCUUAAGCCAAAGGAAUGAAGUCCUUGCAGAAUGUUAGGCGUCACCUAGUUGUACAAGUUCUUUUUCACCGUGGAAAGACCAGACUCCCUGACAGCUGACUCCAGAGUAUAGAACCUCUGGUCUUCUCCUGGAAUCACUGGAGUUAGUAGCUGCUGGUCAAUUAUCUAGAUAACCCUGUGCUAUUUUCCUACCAAGGGAUUCUGAGAAAAAGCUACUUACAUGCCUCUGAGAAGGCCUAGAUCAAGCACUCCUAUUGUACAUUAACAUGCUUGUGUAAACGGUAUUAAUACUACUUACCACUUAGGUAAAAGACACAAAGAUUUAACAAGUUUGUGAAGUGUGUCCUGUUUGUGCAAGGUGACUCUGCCGAGUCCACUUCUUACGAUGUCAGUCGUCCAGUAUCAGUGGUGGUUAUUAAACUGCGUGGAGGCCUAGUUACUAAGCACAGGCCUCCACUACCCCUCCUGCCGUUCGUCUCUGUGGUGUGCUAUGACUCCAGCUUGGUGUGAGAAUGAGACCUUUUCUAAAGCAGAGCCCCAGUCCCUAAUGCCUUUGCAUGUAUUCAGCUCUAAGUGACCAAGAUAGGAAGGAUUUAAGAGGACAAGCGAGUAGGAAAGAGGUACAAAACAGUGCCUUUGUCGUAAGUCAGCAGACAGUGUGAUGACUUUCACGUGACUUGAAACAAGCAAGUCAACUAGUUUAAAAUACUUUGAAAUCAGUUUGUAGAGGACUAUGGUUGCGAGUGGUUUUUGAACACAUGUUGGAGGCACUUUAAUAAGUUUAGCAAAAAAGAAAUUUGCCUAAUGAAGACUGUGUGAAAUAAAUAUAUACCUUUGUUUGGUAAAGGCCCAAAUCUAGGCCACUGGUUCUCAAAGGAUGGUCUUGGAAUCACCAAGAGCAACAUAUGAGAGAAGGAGGGGGAGAGACAGAGAGAGAGAGAGAGAGGUGGCACACCUUUAAGUCCUCUGAAUCGCCAGAGCCACGCCUCUCUGCAACAGGUUACCUUUUUGACUGUUAGUUACAGUUAGCAGUCCAGUCUCUGGCAAAGAAGCAUGUCUAGCAUCUUCUUGCCCCGCUACACAUUUGUCUGGCGUUAAGAAAGUGCCAGAUUG